AUCUUUUAUACCAACCCGCCGACACGCGGACGAAAAGGUAAAUAAAUCUGACUGAGAAGUCUAAAAAUGUGUCAUUAAUUUCGUCAGAAAGCCCCUUUUUCUUCCACCGAUUUUUACAAACCAAGUACAGUCAUUACCAGGAGUAUACAGAGAAUCGAUAUUCAUAAAGUAAGAUGAGCUACGUGAAGAAUCCGCACAUUUCCACCAUGGAGGAAGACGUCCUCUACCAUUUUGCUUUGAGCACCGGCACGCAUGAUCUCAAGGAAAUGUUUGGUGAUGUCAAGUUUGUCUGUAUUGGAGGCAGCCCCACGAGGAUGGAGAAGUUUGCUCACUUCUUGGUCGACGAGUUAGAAUAUUAUCUCCCAGCUGGACAAACCCUGACAGACAUUGCUGGAGCCACUGACAGAUACGCUAUGUAUAAAGUUGGACCGGUGCUCUCUGUUAGUCAUGGUAUGGGUAUUCCCUCUGUCUCUAUCAUGCUGCAUGAACUCAUCAAGUUGUGCCAUCAUGCUGGUUGCGAGGAUGUCCAAUUCUUCCGGCUGGGGACUUGUGGUGGUUUAGGUUUAGAGCCUGGAACUGUUGUCAUCAGUGAAGCUACUGUGGAUGCCCUCUUUAGGCCAGCUUUAGAACUACAUGUUUUAGGCAAGCAAGUUCUGCGUGAUGCAGACUUAGACAUGGUGUUAGCUGAGGAGGUCUUGUCAUGUUCGGGUCAAGAGGACGACUUCAAAACAAUACUCGGGAAGACGAUGUGUACUCUAGACUUUUAUGAAGGUCAAGGUCGUCUCGAUGGUGCAUUCUGUGACUAUACAAAUGCAGACAAAAUGGCGUUCUUGCGACGAGCGUACGAUCUUGGAGUGAGAAAUAUAGAAAUGGAAUCUCUUUGCUUUGCGGCAUACACUCAUCAUGCUGGUAUUAAAGGUGCUGUCAUCUGCGUGACGUUACUCGACCGCCUAAAAGGGGAUCAAGUGGCUACACCUCAUAACGUACUAGAACAAUGGCAAGCUCGGCCGCAAGAAAUCAUAUCUCGUUAUAUUCGUAAACAGUUGGGUUUAAAUGAUUGAAAACACAUAACAUAGACAACCUGUGUGCUUGAUCACACUACAUCAGAAAGAGUACAUUGUCGAAGAUCAAAACAAUGGGCCCUGGGUCCAGUGUGUUUACACUCAGUUCAAAUUGGAUCUAAGUAAGAACUUGGGUUGAAUUGCCAUGCGCAACAUGGGGCAUCGUGUAACAUGGGUCCAGCAUCUUAAAGAGAUUCCAGACAAUAUAGAAUGAAACCAUUAUUGCAGAUUUGUAUGAAAUAUAUGAUUUAAUCAAAGUCUUAGGCAACAGUAAUUGUUGAUGUUAACUUAUAUUAAUCAACAUAAUAAGUAUCCAUUGUACUAUUACUCUUUUGAAAUUGGUGCCCUAUAAUGAAAAUCUAGUCUAUUCGAUUAUCUCCAGCCUUUGUUUUGUGAUUGUGCUUUGAUCACCAGUUAGUAAUUGUUUUGGUAGCAAUGAAUAUGACGGACUUAGCUUGUUGGAAUUACAUUUCAAAGUAAUUCUUUGUUGUUUUUGAAUACUACCUAGUAGCACUGUUAUUACUGCAAGGCAUAGAUAUGUGCUUGUAUAGUUGUGAUGAUGUCUUCGGCAGUUUUGCUCUGUUGCUGGCAACGCCUUCCGAUUCUCAAUAUGGGCCAAGCUUACGGUGCCAGUUUAGAGCACCUGAUAUAAAAGAUCUCAUUAUACUUGUCUUCCUGUCCCCACCAAAAGCUAGAAACAAAACAUCAAUCAAAAUGUUCCGCAGGGACCCUGUAAACAUUCUUCCUUCAAGAUGAUCCCAGACGUUCUCGACGUCGAGUAUGUUGGAUACUUUUGCUGAUUUUAAUUAGGUAAUAUUAUUGUUAUAGGCACCAUGAUAAUGGGUGAUAUGAAUAAAGACUAGCAAAUGCUUUUACUUCAAUUUUGUACAGAAAGGCCUAGUGUAAAUGUACAUGGAGUUUUAGAUAAAAGCAUUUGCUAGUCUUUAUUCAUAUCACCAAUGGUCUUGAAAACUACCAUAGGUUGUAAAGAAAAUGUUAUUAUCCUUGAUACACCAAGGUGUAAAGUUGUGCCAUUUGGUGUUGUGUUGCAUAAACGAUUAUGUGAUUGCUUCUGAGAUAUUAGCUAUGUAUUCAAGCUGCUAUCCUUAACCCUUUCAUAUAGCAAUGAUAGCAAUGCAUUAUGUUAGAUUUAUGAUAAUUUUAUCAUUGUUGACAAACAGUUUACAUGUUUUUUAUUCCUUGGAUCAAUUUAUGAUUUUACGAUUUUCCUGUCAGAGUCAUUCCAAACUGGUCUGCUGUUGAAUUCUGAUCAGCUUUUGCGAGAGCAGAUGACACAUGUUAAGAUAUUGACCAUAAAAACAUCUUUUUCUUGGGUGCACCUCUUCCACAGACUCCUGCAUCCAUUCCAGGAUAGUAUCUACUGGAUAGUAUCUAUAGUUUCCUCCGAGAUGAUGAGAACAGUAGGAGAUUGUAGCAUAAGAAAAUCUCCUACUCUAUUGCAAUAGGGGGCGACAGUGAUCGGUGGUGCCCUGGUAUAUAACGUAGUGUAUACAUGUAUAGUUUAUUUUAUUAAAUGU